ACUUUUGCCGUCGAUCCUCUUUUUUACGCUCUCUUCACGGCGUGCUUGCGUAUGUCAGUCAGUAGAUUCCUAUUAUACAGCUGGAAACCCACCUCUAAAUAUACUCUGGCCCAUUGCGACGCUGCGAAAAAAUAAAUCGAUCCACCUGUUCGGGCUUGUGCCGUCGUGCCCGAAGGACGAUAUAAGAAGGGCUGCCCGGCUGUCCUGACGCCCGAAGUAGCAGGCAAAGAAAGAAAGAACAUGAAGCUCUUCUCUCUCCUCACGCUGGGGGCUCUUCUCUCCGCAGCAAACGCCCUUCCGACAGCCUCUCGACGCUUCAUCCCCCCGAGCCUCCGUCAUGUAGGAAGCAAUUCCACCAACGCGACUCUCUCCAGCUACAACGCUACAUCUUUCACCUUCAUCGCCGACAGCAAUUUCACCGAGAUCCAGUUCCAGCCCCUCGUUGCCUCCGGACAGAAGUUCUACGUUGGCGGGAACUCGAGCACGUAUUGUCCCGACGUCGUUCGUCCUUGUCCCAAGGGCGUUGACACGGUUGUUUAUCCCAAGGGAUCUUUGAACGUCGCCGUCCCAGGCGGCCAGCAGAUCUACGUCGCGCCCAACGGAGCCCUAAGCUUCACCGUCCCCCAUUCAGCAAACAUCCCAACCAACUCCUCCACGGGCCCGUUCGUGUUCAAGAAUACCACCACCGCUGCCCCUUUCUCCGUCGGUGAAUGGUCCUACGCCCGCUCCGGGUUCGUGGCGUGCCCCGUCAACGCUACCGGUGUCGAGAGGUACCAGGUCUUCGUGGCCAACUCGACCGGUAGCUCUGCUGAUUGUCUGCCGUUCAAGGCGCUGGCGCAGCCGUGGGUUGCUACCGCGAACUGGACGGUUGGUGCUUGGGAGUACUUCUGAUUCACUCAGCCUGGCCGAUGCUCGAUCGAGGUUGUAUGGCUCAUUGAGUCACCACAGUGAAAGGGGACGAAGCUCAUGCUGGAGGUUGUUAUUUUUGGAUUCUUUACACUUCCAUGGGAUUGAUGCCUUCUUCCCAUGUUACGCUCCUUGACGAUGUUCACGUUCAUGUAUUCACGAGUCACUCCUUGCGAACCUUGACAGCCUGUAUAAUAUUUAAUCUGGUUUUGUCUUUUCACUCUUUAGCCGAGGGAUUAUCUUUGUUUAUGCCAUAGAACAUCUGUACACUUCCGGCGGUUCCGGUAGAAUGCAGAGAAGAGGUGGGGUGGAGCCACACUGAUGCUAUCUGCAUGGCAUGGCAAUGCUCCUCUUCCGCGAGAACGCGUUCGAAAAUCUCCAGACAUCCAAACCUCAUCCACUGGCCUGUCCAGAAGAAGCCACCAAGGUGCUGUGCCGAAUAACUGGGCUGGGCCGGCAACUGGAGUACGUGGUUGCUGAGAACCCCUUGUCCCGGUCGCCGAUGACAGUAAUAGUUACCAAAGAAAAAGGCAAUAAAAGGUAAUAUCCCAGUCGGAAGAGGUUUUCACCAGCGGGCGAAUUGUCACAGGAAAUUUGGUCUUUGGCGUAGGCAAGCUUCCAAUCCGAUCGAAGUCGAUUUUGAAGGGCUGUAGCAUGAAGUUCGCCAUCUGCCCGUAGACAUAUCCAUCCUCCGUAAGCAGUCUCGAU